CAAGUUGCCCGCGAUACCGAUCAGAGGUCGAGAAUCUACGCAUAGUUUGCUCGCAGAGGAGGAUUUGUGGAACUGUUGUUGGGGCAAUCUCCUUAUCGCAUAUCAAUCUGAAGUUAGUGCUUGUCGAGAUUACAUGUCAAAAGAUAAAAGUGGAUAUCACACUUUCGAAUUUUAGAACACUAUUGAAAUAGUGCAAUAAGUGACAAUAAGAUAUUGUUGAAGGUGCCCAGAAAAAGACAAUACUGAGUUACAAUGGUUCGUGCAAUUCAAGUGUGCAGUAUGGCUAUGUUCGUGCUUUUGCUACUAUGUAGCAGUCAGGUGUCAGAACAGGCUUCUACGUUCAUACAGCCUUCGAUUCGUCUUCCACGUUCUGUGGAUCCUGAACAGGAGGAAAAAUGUACGGACAACACCGCCUGCGGAUGGGCUGUAUACAAACCAUUUACUCGUUCGAUCGAAAAUUACAUGAGAAACACAUGUUCGUGCCCGGAACCAACCAGAUGCGUCCGCACCGAUGACGAUUUGUCCAUCAGUGCGUUCGUGUACCGAUGCCGAAAAACGGAUACCACGAACAAGCCCUAAUUUGGAGGGAAGUAUCGAUUACUUCACAGAUUUUCCGUCUAAAAUCUAGUUUUAACAUGACCGAUUCAGAUAUUUGACAACAGUAAUCCGAUCUUAAUUUUAAAAAUUUCCUUCCCAACUAUUUUAUUUAUAUCCUUUCAACAUGUUGCUUCUUUUAUUUCCUUCAUCAAGAAUUAAUUUAAUUUCAGUUUAUUGAUUAUUAUUACAACCUAUAUGGUUGUACUCUUGACAAGACUAACUUGUUCGAUUUCCUGUCGACCAUGACAGGUAUACGGUAUCAUUAAACAUUUGUUGUUGAGAAAUAUCAACAUAAGUACAGAAUUACCGAUAAGUUAAUAAAUGUAAGUAAGAUGCGUCAA